GUAUUUCCGACUGUGAUGUUUUCCUUCGAUUUACAACUGGCGAUUGUUAUUAAUACUUUUCUGGGCAUCUAGUUUUCUUGUAGCAGUUUCAGUUUCAGUUUCAUAUAUAUUUUCCCCUCUUGGCGGUCUCUAUCAGUGCACCUUGUGGUCGGUGUCGAUUUUGCUUUUUUGAGAGUCAAAUUUCGGGGACGAGGAGGAGAAGGAGUAGUUGUGAGGAAGGAAGAUCAUGGCGGGAGGUGGAGGCGGCGCAGCUCCGGCGCCCAAACAGGACGAGUUGCAGCCACAUCCCGUGAAGGAUCAACUGCCCAACAUUGCUUACUGCAUCACCAGCCCUCCUCCAUGGCCGGAGGCCAUCCUCCUUGGUUUCCAGCAUUACCUGGUCAUGCUAGGCACCACAGUCAUCAUUCCCACUGCUCUUGUCCCUCAGAUGGGAGGAGGAAAUGACGAGAAAGCUAGAGUUAUCCAGACACUACUGUUUGUUGCUGGUUUGAACACACUGACCCAGUCACUGUUUGGGACUCGAUUGCCUGCUGUGAUUGGAGGAUCAUACACCUUUGUGGUGCCCACCAUAUCAAUAAUUUUGGCUGGUCGAUACAGUAAUAUUGUUGAUCCUCAUGAGAAAUUCGAGCGAACUAUGCGUGGAAUCCAGGGGGCUCUUAUUGUUGCUUCAACUCUUCAGAUAAUCAUAGGAUUCAGUGGUCUCUGGCGUAAUGUCACGAGGUUCUUAAGUCCACUGUCAGCUGUUCCCUUGGUAGCUCUAGCUGGUUUUGGACUCUAUGAGCUUGGUUUCCCUGGUGUUGCAAAAUGUGUGGAAAUUGGACUGCCAGAGCUCAUCAUAUUAAUUAUUUUCUCACAGUAUAUACCCCAUGUGAUACGCACCGAGAGGCAUGUAUUUGAUCGGUUUGCAGUUAUCUUCUCAGUGGUGAUUGUGUGGGUUUAUGCCCACCUCCUUACUGUGGGCGGAGCCUACAAGAAUACACCUCAAAAAACUCAAAUGACUUGCCGUACUGAUAAAGCUGGGCUUGUGGGUGCGGCUCCAUGGAUAAGAGUUCCAUAUCCAUUCCAGUGGGGAGCACCUACAUUUGAUGCAGGUGAAGCCUUUGCCAUGAUGAUGGCUUCGUUUGUUGCUCUUGUGGAGUCCACCGGCACCUACAUUGCAGUUUCAAGGUAUGCUAGUGCAACUCCAUUGCCACCGUCUGUUCUCAGCCGUGGAGUUGGUUGGCAGGGAGUUGCGAUUUUAUUUUCUGGGAUUUUUGGAACUGUAAAUGGGUCCUCAGUAUCUGUUGAAAAUGCUGGUUUGUUAGCAUUGACACGUGUUGGCAGCCGAAGGGUGGUCCAAAUAUCUGCUGGGUUCAUGUUAUUCUUUUCUGUCUUAGGAAAAUUUGGAGCGGUCUUUGCAUCCAUUCCUGCACCGAUUAUUGCUGCACUGUAUUGCCUGUUCUUUGCCUAUGUGGGUUCUGUUGGUCUGAGCUUCCUCCAGUUCUGCAAUCUCAACAGCUUCAGAACGAAGUUCAUACUAGGUUUCUCUGUUUUCAUGGGCUUAUCGGUGCCUCAAUAUUUCAAUGAGUACACAGCAGUUAAUGGUUACGGUCCGGUGCACACCCAUGCAAGAUGGUUCAACGACAUAGUCAAUGUGCCCUUCUCUUCUGAAGCAUUUGUAGCUGGCCUCCUGGCACUGUUCCUGGACGUGACAUUGCAUCGGAAAGACAGUGCGACGAGGAAAGACAGGGGAAUGCACUGGUGGGACAGAUUCCGGUCCUUCAAGUCAGACACGAGGAGUGAGGAAUUCUAUUCCUUGCCUUUUAAUCUCAACAAGUUCUUCCCAUCAGUAUGAUUGUGGAAUCUGGCCAUGGUUCAAAAGCUGUGACGUAGGCUUGUCCCCCAAUGUCUCCAAGGGGGAACACUGCAAUGCCUUUCUUGUUUUUUUUUUUAAAAUUUUUUUUUCUUUAUAUUAUUCCUCAGUCGUUCAGGCCAAUAGACAGUAGUGAUAUAAAUGAAUCUCUCAUUUUUAGUUGCUGUAAAUCAAAGAGGGGUUUAAAUGAAUUUCAAGU